AUGUCACAGGUCUGGCAUAAUUCGAAUUCACAGCCAAAUGAUGUGGCUACCUCAAAUGAUGCUGCCGCCUCCAACGAAAGAAGCGACAAAGAACCGCCCCUCCAGGGACGCCAGCCUAGUUUUCCUGGACAACAACAACAGCAGCAGCGCAUUACGUUACCCUCGUUGUCUGCUCUGAAUGCAAAUGAUGAAGAUAGAAGAGACUACAACGGCGCACAGCCCUUGGCCUCUCAUGCUACUCACAUAUUGGGUUAUUCUCCUGUUCAUUCGAAUAUCAUACCCUCAAUUUCAACUGAUUCGGCGUUAAAGCAAUCCCACGAGUACCAUCCCCAUCCGAAGUCUUCUUCCUCGUCUCCUUCCUUGAAGACUGCAGUUGUGGAUACCGCCCCAGCCACAACCCUAGCCCCAGCCUUAGCUCCUCUUCCUACUGCGGGAGGCGCUAGCUUUUCUUUGUCGAGAUUUGACAAUCCAUUGCCGAUAAAUACCUCUGUUUGUACGAAAGAUUCAAAAAGUUAUAACGGUGUUCAGGAAGAAGAAAAGGCGAAUCAACAACAGAUUCAAGAUCAAAGACCCGCCGCACACUCCGCUAAUGCAUCUGAGCCCUCCAGUAAUUAUGUAGAUACUAGCUACAGUGUGAACAACGAAAAUUCUAACGAUGAAGACCCUGACUAUAGACCUUUGAACGUCAAAGAUGCUCUUUCUUACCUCGAACAAGUCAAAUUUCAAUUUAGUUCGCGUCCCGAUAUUUACAAUCUAUUUUUAGAUAUUAUGAAGGAUUUUAAGUCACAAGCAAUAGACACACCGGGAGUCAUUGAAAGAGUAUCUACGUUAUUCAGAGGGUAUCCAAUCUUGAUUCAAGGUUUCAACACUUUCUUACCUCAAGGUUAUAGGAUCGAAUGCUCCACUAACCCGGACGAUCCCAUUAGAGUUACUACCCCCAUGGGUACUACAACAGUAAACAACAACGUCAGUCCAUCUGGUAGAGGCACCGUAGACGGGCAGGAACCGAGUUCUCUUUCAGAGCCCGACGGAAAUGCUAUUCAGCCAUUCCAUAAUCUUCCCAUGGUUCCCUCGAAUGUCUACCGCUCGGAACAGAGUCAAGAUCAGAAACAAUCUUUGCCUCUUUCGGCUAAUUCUGUGGGUUUAUCCUCAAUUCAUCCACCUGAAAUACCUCCACAUCACCAAAUUCUUCAGGGGCAGUCUUUACCAGUUCAAGAAGACGCCAAGAAAAAUGUUGACGUCGAAUUCAGUCAAGCCAUAAGUUAUGUUAACAAAAUUAAAACUAGAUUUGCCGAUCAACCUGAUAUCUAUAAACAUUUCUUGGAAAUAUUGCAAACAUACCAAAGAGAACAGAAGCCAAUAAAUGAGGUGUAUGCACAAGUGACUCAUCUUUUUCAAAAUGCUCCUGAUUUAUUAGAAGAUUUCAAGAAAUUUCUACCAGAUUCCUCAGCUUCUGCCAAUCAACAGGUACAGCACGCUCAGCAGCAUGCUCAGCAGCAACAGGAGGCUCAAAUGCACGCACAGACCCAGGCUCAGGCCCAGGUACAGGCUCAUGCUCAGGCAGAAGUAGAACAGCAACAGCAGAAGCAUCAACAGAAACAGCAGCCGCAAUUUUUGUAUCCGGCUUCAAGUUAUUAUAAUCAUUCUACUAACCGAGGUGUUCCUCAACAAAACUUACCACCUAUUGGAAGUUUUUCUCCUCCAACAAACGGUUCCACUGUACAUGAUAACUAUCAGGAUCAACAACAUAUGCAACCACCUCAUUUAGUGCCUUUACCAUCUAUGGUUCAACAUGGUCCAAAUAUGGUACACCAAGGAAUUGCUAAUGAAAACUUACCUAUUUCUGAUCUAAGAACGUCCCUCACUGAUCAGUAUGCACCUUCUACUUUCCAACAACAGCAACAAAAUCCGCCGAGUAUUAGUCCUAUAACAGAUUUACAGUAUGGUGAUGUUCCCGUUAGGCCAGAAAUUGAUUUAGAUCCAAGCAUUGUCCCCGUAGUCCCUGAACCAACCGAGCCCAUCGAAGAUAAUAUAUCGCUUAAUGAAGAAGUUACUUUUUUCGAAAAAGCGAAGAGGUAUAUCGGCAAUAAACACUUAUACACGGAGUUUUUGAAAAUUUUAAACCUGUAUUCUCAAGAUAUACUUGAUCUCGAUGAUUUAGUGGAAAAAGUGGAUUUUUACCUGGGUUCCAAUAAGGAACUGUUUUCGUGGUUCAAAAAUUUCGUUGGUUAUCAAGAAAAGACCAAAUGUAUCGAAAAUAUUGUUCAUGAAAAACAUAGAUUAGAUUUAGACUUAUGUGAGGCAUUUGGUCCAAGCUACAAAAGAUUGCCGAAAAGUGACACUUUUAUGCCAUGUUCAGGCAGGGACGAUAUGUGUUGGGAGAUCUUGAAUGAUGAGUGGGUUGGUCAUCCUGUAUGGGCUUCAGAAGAUUCCGGAUUCAUUGCACAUCGUAAAAAUCAAUAUGAGGAGACACUGUUUAAGAUUGAAGAAGAAAGACAUGAAUAUGAUUUCUACAUUGAAUCUAAUUUAAGAACUAUUCAAUGCCUAGAAACAAUUGUAAAUAAGAUUGAGAACAUGACAGAAAGUGAGAAGUCAGAUUUCAAACUUCCUCCAGGUCUUGGUCAUACUUCAAUGACUAUUUAUAAAAAGGUGAUAAGAAAAGUUUAUGAUAAGGAAAGAGGAUUUGAAAUUAUUGACGCUUUACAUGAACAUCCUGCUGUGACAGCGCCAGUUGUUUUGAAAAGAUUAAAACAGAAGGACGAAGAAUGGAGAAGGGCUCAACGUGAAUGGAAUAAGGUUUGGAGAGAGCUGGAGCAGAAGGUUUUCUUCAAGUCAUUAGAUCACUUGGGUCUAACAUUCAAACAGGCCGAUAAAAAACUGUUAACCACAAAACAGUUGAUAUCGGAGAUUAACAGCAUUAAAGUCGAUCAAACGAACAAAAAGAUUCACUGGUUAACUCCCAAACCAAAGAGCCAACUAGAUUUUGAUUUUCCUGAUAAAGAUAUUUUCUAUGAUAUCUUGUAUUUGGCAGAUAGUUUCAUAUCUCAUACCACGGCUUAUUCGAAUCCUGAUAAAGAAAGAUUGAAAGACCUAUUAAAAUAUUUCAUAUCUUUAUUUUUCUCUAUUCCUUUGGAGAAAAUCGAAAAGGCAUUGCAAUUUCAUAAAGAGAAUGUGUCAGAAUCUAGUGGGUCUGACGACGGGGGUUCUAGCACAUCAAGGAAAAGGCCAUAUCAACAAGAAAUGAGCCUACUUGAUAUCUUACAUAGAAACAGAUAUCAAAAGCUGAAACGUUCUAACGACGAAGAGGGCAAAAUACCACAACUAUCAGAACCACUCGAUGAAGAAUCCAAUACUAUUGAGGAAGAAGAACUCAUCAGUGAAGAAGCCAGAAAUCCUUGGUUGACUGGAAAUUUAGUAGAAGAAGCAAAUUCUCAGGGCAUUAUCCAAAAUCGUAGCAUUUUCAAUUUGUUUGCUAAUACGAACAUUUAUAUCUUUUUCCGCCAUUGGACAACGAUUUAUGAACGACUUUUGGAAAUCAAACAAAUGAAUGGAAAGAUCACAAAGGAAGUUAAUACAAGAUCAACGGUUACUUUUGCCAAAGAUUUGGAUCUGCUAUCGAACCAGCUUCCCGAGAUGGGUUUAGAUUUUAUUGGCGAAGACGCGUACAAGCAGGUGUUGAGACUCAGUAGAAGAUUGAUCAAUGGUGACCUUGAGCAUCAGUGGUUUGAAGAGAGUCUACGCCAAGCCUACAAUAAUAAGGCUUUUAAACUUUAUACAAUUGACAAAGUUACCCAAUCGUUGGUGAAACAUGCUCAUACUCUAAUGGCUGAUGUUAAAACUGCGGAAAUAAUGGCGUUGUUCGUCAAAGACAGAAAUGCCUUCACAACCAGUGCCAAAGACCAAAUCAUUUAUCGCCUGCAGGUGCGUUCAUAUAUGUCCAAUAUUGAGAAUAUGUUUAGGAUAGAGUUGAAUAAAAGAUCUCUGCACGUUUCCGUGCAAUAUAUUGCCCUUGAUGAUCUAACCCUGAAAGAACCUAAGGCGGAUGAAGAUAAAUGGAAAUAUUAUGUAACAUCAUAUGGUUUACCACAUCCAACGGAAGGUAUCUCACAUGAGAAACUCAAGAUACCAUUCUUGGAAAGGCUCAUUGAAUUUGGGCAAGACACUGAUGGAAGGGAAGUAGAUGAGGAGUUCUCUCCGGAGGGUAUUUCUUUAUCAACGCUAAGAAUUAAGAUCCAGCCUAUCACCUAUAAACUGCAUAUCGAAAACGGAUCUUACGAUGUUUUUACUCGUAAGGCUGUUAACAAAUAUCCUACUAUUGCUAAUGAUGAUGUUCACAAAGAAAUGGUUGUCCAAAAGACGGCGCUGAUAUCAAGAUUCCUAGAAAACGCGAUCCGUUCGAGAAACGAUUUAAAUGAGGCGACAAAAUCAGGUAUGCAAGAAAAAUUGGCCCUUUUAAAAGGUGUCACAGCUAAAGUGAAUGAUGAAAAUGAAGUAAAAGAACUCAAAACUGAAGAAGACCUAGCGGCAAAACAGGAACAGCCCAAGAACUUGCCCACUUCCGAUGCAAACGUAAUAACCUCAUCCAUUUCAAAUGCGCCACAAUAUGGUAAUGCAGAAGCUGGUGAAAGUCCGGGACCUUCCGAGAAAGAAACGAAGAUUCAAUAUUGA